AUGACCGGGGCAGAUAAAAUGCCAGUCUCGUUGUCACCUCUGUCCUCCCUUCUGAGUAUUACUGACUCCUCCGUCCCUAUCUUGGCUUCCUGUAAGUUCUCUUUACCCCUUUCCUUUUUGGGGGAGCACCUGUUCAAGACAGGGCUCGUUUUUGCACUUAUCUCGAAUAUAAAGAGAUUGCUGACGCCCGAGAGCCUCGCUUUUUCAUCUUUCUUUCCCGGCCGACAGGCUAGACAGCACUAUGUCUCACCUGCUGGCCACAGAUCUUCAGUGUUUUCCCCACUUCAUUUUGAAGGAAGAAGUAACAGAUAA